AUGGUUGCACCAGCAGUGUCACUUUCAAGAACAGCUGACUAUUCCAAUAACCCUGGGUUUGUUUUCAUUCCUUCUGAAGGUGAAAAGAAGGAAAAAAUUUUCCAUCUUCAAUAUAAUCCAGCAAAAGAUCAGUAUUGUCGGAUUUCGAACAAAUCGGAGACAAUACAAGGUUGGGAGAAUGGUGUCUGGAAGAAGGAAUCAAUUUUCAGAAAAGUUGAGAAUGACUGGCAAAUGGUUUAUAUUGCUUGUACAGAGGGUUCAUCCUCAGGGAAUAUAAGCUGGAAAUUUGACUGCGGGCCUGUCGGCUUGAAAAUAAGAAGUGUUUCUUUGAGAGUAAGCAGUAAGACUUUUCACUCGGGGAAAGUGAGUUGGAGAAUAAACCUGAAGCAAGAAACCAUUGACGUUUUAGGAGAUAAUACACUUCAUUCAUUCCCAAACUUGUCAGAUACUACAGAACUUGUUUUGGAAGCUGAUUUAAGUGGUGGAGAAAGCGAGACGUCGUGGCAACAUGCACAGCUGUUUAGACAAAGCCUGAAAGAAGCAGAAGAAACCUCAUUAGAAAUCAUUAUUCACAUGGAGGAUGCUUGAUAUCUUCUAGUGAUAUGAAGCUGGAAAUGGGAAAACGGAUCCUUUUAAAAACCCAAAUAUUUUUUCUUUUAUCUUUAGAAGACUUUCUUUGAUACAGAACUAUUUGGUAUAUAAACAGUCUGUUUUUGCAAUAAACACUGAAUCAAGCCAGCUGUUCCCCAUACUUAGAAAAGCUUUCCUAGCAGGGAAAACAACUUUGGUGCUAUAUUUAAGGGUCACAACUUUGAAACUUUAAUUUCCCAACAAUAACUUUGGGGCUUACAUUUGUGAAAUUGUGAACUUUAACCUCUGUGAAAUAAUGCCCUCACAUUUGUUUUUGUAAUCUUAAAGCCAGUGACAUUUUACAAAGAAAAAGAUGAAAUGAUACCAAAGUAAGAUGUACCUUUUUUUGCUUCUUCUUGAAAGUGCUGGAAUAUUCCAAUGGAAUAUUUCUGCAACAGGUAGUUAUCAACCACAUCUUCACUAAGAACCCAAAACUUGCUUGGGAUCCUUAAGUAUCAUAUAACCUUUGCAUUACACGUUGGAACUUUUAAAUUGAUGCAGGGAAAUGAUCACGAAAGCUUCCUUUGCUGAAAUGUAUUUUACAUUGUACAGAAGUGUUGCGAGAGGGGGUUCGGAGAGAGAGCCAACCGUUACUGGGAAAACUUGUAGAAUGAGAAUGAUUGAAUAACUAGCACUCCGAAAGAGUGUCCAAUUCCACAGAGCCUAACCCAAACAACUCCUUUCCCUCGUGUGGGAAUUCACUCUCUCCGGCUGCUAAUUAUUCAGUCAGCCCAGGUGUGCCUCAUUCUGCAGGUUUUCUCAUUAACAGGUGGUUCUCUCUCAAGCCACCUUGCAAGAAAACAAUGCGUUUUAAAUUGUCCAACUGGGACUUUGGAGUAAUAUAUUGCUUUCGCUUAUGGAAAAUAAUGUCCCAGAAUGUUGUUUUUAUUUUUAAUUAUGUAGUUUUGGGGUGAAUGCAAGAACAGCAUGAAAGUCUUUGUUAAAGAUGUCAACACAUCUAGAGAUGCAUGAAUCCUAUAACAGGAAGAUAAAUUGAUUGCAGUGUCAAUAAAAUGUAGAUUAAACCAAUAAAGAAAUGGGUGAAGAACAUCAUUUUCCUUUUAAUUUUGAUGGACAGGAGCAACAAAGCAGAGUGAAAGGAAAUAAUUUGUUGAAAAGUAUGUUUCUUUCACUUGUUAUUAUAGUCUUUAUUUCUACGCUUAAUGUCUUGUUGCAGUAAAAUCUCGAGAUGUGUAAGGGUAAAAUAGUCAUUUAGCUGUUUUUUAAACCAUUUUUAAUGUAAAUGCAUAACUGAUUCCAUUAUAUGUUGUGUAUGUUAUUGUGAAAUUUGAUGUUCUUGUAUGCUUCUAUUAUAGCAUCACAAAUGUAAGUAUUGACGCCCUCUUGUUUUUGACUGUUUUGUUCAAAUACACUUCAAAUAUUAAACUGAUUUUCAAAGUGUUGAACAAUCGCUUAUAAUACUAUUACUGUUUCUAGUAUCUAGUAUUUCGGGUGAAUUUUAUACCUGUAGUCUAUGGAAUUAAGCAAUUGUGUAGAAAUGAUUAUGUGCUUAGUUGAGUAGGCCAUUACUUGUCAACAAAUAUGCUUUGAUUACAGAAAUAAUAUGAUUACCUGAAUACCACAGUGAUGUGUACAGACUUUGUUUCCAUUACAAAAACAAAAGUAAAAUAUUGAACUUG